GAUGAAUAGGUAAUGGACAAUCUUUCUGCUUCUUCCCCUCCUCCAAAUAUCUUUGCAAAUGAUGGAAGCUUUUUUGACCAAUUCAGAAAGAAAAUGGCCUACCAGUCAAAGACAUCAAACUUACCUCAAAACCCGAAUUGUCAGAAACAGCGCCCAGGAUUUCGACCAAAGACAGCAUGUAAACCUAUAAACUUAAAAGCAUCAUUAAAGAAACAUCUUAAAAGCGACUUAGCUGUUAAGGGUACUUUAGAAACGAAACCGGAAGCACGAGAGCUGAUCAAUGGUACUGAAGACAGAUCCUGCACUGGGAACCCUGUUUCUAGGUUUUCCAAGGAAUGGAGACCCAAGGCGCGUAGUCCAGCACUGCCCCCCAAGGCGCGUAGUCCAGCCCGGUCACCCAAGGCGUGUAGUCCAGCCAGGUCCCCCGAAAGAAGAUCAGAGAAAAGGAAAACCCACUCCCCAGAGAGACGGCGGUCCAAAACUCCAGAAAAGCGGCAGUCUAGAAGUACAGAUAGGCGGCGGUCAAGAACACCUGAAAGACGGCGGUCAAAAUCCUUGGAUCGACGACGGUCGAGAAGCUCAGAAAAGAAACGACACUCAGAGAGGUCGCCUGGGCAAGAAAGGAAAUGUUCAUUCGACAAGUCGCCUGCAAGGGAGAAGAAGAAAUCUAGUGAUAGGUCUCCUGAGAAGAGGCAUUCCUCCUCCUCAGAAAAAACCCCUGAUUCAUCAGAGAAGUCUCACAGCACGGGGAGUGCUUCACCCACUACUUCCACCACGUCAGAUACAACCAGGAAGAGGAAGAGAAAGUCCCGGUGGGGUGAGAAGCCUGCGGAGGUAGUUGCUGCAACGACACCAGCUACCCCCACCAAACCAGUCAUUGCUAUGAUAAACGGAGUUCCUGUUGUAGUUCCUACUGUUGCGGACACACCUCAAGAGGUAACGUUAAAAGCGCUGUCUACCCUGCUGAAGAACAAGACAGCUGACCCAAACAAGGUGAAGUACGAGUACGACAGUGACGAGGAGACCGAGAAUGGAACAUGGGAGCACAAACAGCGGGCUGCUGAGAUAGAAUCUACUGAAACUCAAGUUGAACAGAUAAAUACGCUGAACGAGGGAAAGCACCACUUGGGAGAUUUCUUACCCACUGAAGAACUGGAACGAUUCAUGCUGAGGGCAACUGCGAUAAAAGCGGGUAAAACUCCACCUCCAUUCCUACCCGACAACUCCGAUGCCCUGACUGAGGAUAAUAUUGGGUUCAAGAUGCUGCAGAAAGCUGGGUGGAAGGAAGGAACUGGACUGGGAGCUUCCAGUUCUGGGAUAGUUCAGCCUAUUGACAGGGGAAUGAUAAAACCUGGGAACGCUGGACUUGGAGCCACAAAGCCGGAUGAGCCUCUGCCCGGUGACGACGAAUUUGAUGUUUACAGGAAGAGGAUGAUGCUCGCCUACAAAUACCGCCCCAACCCCAUGAAAAACCCACGACGAGCGUACUACUAAACCAGUUGGCAGGAAAAGAAGAUCGUCUCGACUUAAACGAUCAAAGUUGUCGAGCAUAGUGCAUAGUGCAUAAUGCAUAGUGCAUAGUGCAUAGUGCAUAAUGCAUAAUGCAUAAUGCAUAGUGCAUAGUGCAUAGUGCAUAGUGCACAAUGUAACCUCAGACUCUCGAGUUAACAACUCGUAUAUUUAUUAUUGUGUAAAUUGUGUGGUGUAUCUUUAUAAGUGAAAUUGUUUAAACGGUGUGUGGAUAAAUAGUUCCGGUUAAUGGUCAUGGUAUAUUUGAUAUUGAUUAUCGUGAUUUUGGGUUGAAUAUGGUUUUAAAAUGAGGAGUGUGAUUUUCUUCCAUUUGUUUAAACUUAACUUUAAGAAUAUGUGUUUUCGUAAACAAAAGAAAUGUUAAUGGAAAAAUCCACACUACGGAAAUUAAAUUCCGGUGACAGUCAGCUGUCAGACUCUGUGGUAUUUCCAUUAACUUUCUGGAUGUUUUAAUCUAUUUAUGAGAUACGAGCUUAAUUCCCUUGAUAUUCUCUGUGGAGCUUUUUUCCCUUAAAACUGAUUAGUGAGGCUUGAGCUUGUUACACUUUGUGAUAGUGUCAAUAAAGUUAGUUUAUCGACAAAUUAUAUGAGAUAGAUAAGUUCAGGAGCGUAGCUGUAAACGUUUAAGGAGCACUAAAGUUGUCUAAUUCAGUUUAAUUCGAGCUGUUUUGAACCAUAAUAGUAACACGUGCCAUGGUAUAUUGAUUGCUGGGGAAAUUUAUCGAGCAGUAUAUUAUGGUAUAUAUGGGGCUUGCUUUUGAUAGGUUUAGUUAGUGAUAUUUAUUAGCAGUCUAGUACUAAAAGUGUCGUGGCUCGGUGAAUUGCAGUCGCUGUGCGCGCGGUCACUUCUCAUGGGCGCGGUUUUGAGCGAUAUUGGAUAUGAUUUUUUGGUUUCGCCUGUGUUUAAGAUUGAGGAAGCUUACAAUGCAAUCUAUUUCUUGUGUCGUGAUCCCAAUGGAAAUAUUCUAAGUGGUAGCGUCUGCUCAUCUAUUUAUAAGUACUUAAAAACUGUUUAAGUUACGCGUUAAGUAUAUUCUCGGGUUGAUUUUAGAUGAUACGUGCAGUGUGUGUUUAACGUUUAUAUUAGACUAUUCCAUGAAAACUGUUAAGAGUCUAAAUGUUUGGUUUUGUGUGUCUGCAGACCGGACCAAGAGUUUUCAAAUGUGUAUUUGAAAGAUCAGAUUCUUCAACUCUAAAGAUUCGAAACGGCAAUAUAAUCACAAUGUGCAAAGUGCCCAACUCUUAUUCGAUGAAUAUUUUUGCUGAAAAGUUAAUGUAUAUAUUGCCAGUUGGUAUUAUAAAUUUAGGUGAUGUUGUAAUACUAUUACUAAUAGCUUUAACAA